UUUGACUAUAAUUAUUGUAUUGAUUCUGAUUAUUGUGGGAGUGAGAAAUCAGAGCAGCUGUUUUUAUGUAUGAUUUUAGGCUAUGAGAGGGUGAAAGUACUGUUUAACAUUUGUAAAUUUGACGUAGAUCGUGCCAUAUCAGUACUAUAAAGCAAGUAUUUUGUUUUCAAAACAUUGAAAAUGAUUGCGAUCUCCACGCUAGGGGAUCCGCAAAAGAUGGGUCUUCCAGUGAUAGAGAGGAUCUACCCAAAGGCCUCAGAGCUGAGCGAGAUCCUCAACUACAACCCCUGUCCAGAAUGCUCUGAAGUGUUCCAUAACACUCCAAACCUGGAGAUGCACCGACACUUCUGUCAUGGACACGACUCGGUACCAGCACGUGUCGCUCCUUCUCACAAUGUCAUCAAGCAAUUCUACUGUCCCGCAGCUGGGUGCAAGUAUAGUGGUGAUCUAAACAAGGAGUUUGGCAUCAAGUACUUCACACAGCAUAAAUAUUUGAAACAGCACUACAUCAAAAUGCACAUGGAGAAGAAGUUUGUGUGUGAGCAAUGCAACAAGGGCUUCGCCACAAUACAGCUGCGCAAACGCCACCUGGACGAGUGUGGGCUCAAGUUUGCAUGUUCGUGUGGGGCCGAGUAUAAGACAAUUGCUGCUUUGUUGACUCACGCAUCCAGAAAGCGUCAUACAUUCGUCAAGUCUUGGUCUGCCAUAAGAAAUCGCAAAGUAGACAAAAAUGAAAACAUUGGAUCACAAAAAUCCAGUCCAAAUUCGAUCCUGCUGAAGCCGAAACUAUAUGAUACAAUGGUGGCCAAUACAGCAGAGGCAUUGAGUGAGCUACGUUGGCAGAAGUGUGUGGACAUCGCUGUACAGACGGAGCCUACAGGACAGCGGCGGCGGCGUAAUCAGCGGUUGUCUGACACGUCACGGCAGACACAGACUGGGGAAAAGCGAACACGAAUAUCAUCUGAGACUCAAACAGUGGGUGAGUACUGUAACAAGGGCAAGAAGAACGUAACGCGACGGAGAAAGAAGAGUAUGGAGACACAGACUAAGGUCGUGGAGCAAACGGUGGUCAGUGAGGAAAGUUGUUAUCCUAAACGGGACAUCGGUCUGCCUCAGUUGUGGUUCAAUUCGGGCACGCAAACGUCGACAGAAACCUUAUUUGAUGACUCACUUCUGAAUCUCGGUGGAUCCUUGUUCGAAGAGGAACCCACCAGGCCUAUUGAGCAAGCGGAUCUGUUCUCCGACAUCAACGCCGACUCCACUGAUAAUUUCAUGUCUGCAUUCAUGUCCAAGGAUGAAAUACUGGAUGAGGGAAAAUCUUGUAGUACUGAAACCCAAACAGAGUUCUCUAUCGAGUCACUCUUAGACAACUACACGGACACACUGGCCACCAUAGAGACACAGACUUCGCACGAUCUGUGGGACGAAUACAGUAACACGUACACGCAGACCUGUGAUGAUCUCUUGCUGGCGUUCUCGGACAUCGAGACCCAGACUGCCUGGCCAGAUGUCUCUAUCGAGACUCAGACCAACCAGCAUUAGUCACUCUAAUACGUUCACUAGUUACCAACAAGUUACCAUUCGUGUCUAAUUUUAAUCUAUUGCACAACAUUCAAGUAUCUCUGUAUAUGGCAAGUGUUGUAGAAUACUCAUAUUCGGAUACCCUUGCUGUUAUUUUUUCUAUGUAUUUUAACAUAACAUUCUGUAACUGAGCUGUGUAUUGUAGUGUUUUAGUUUUAUUUCCAUCAAUAUCUCGUGGAUAUUAUACAAUAAAAUAAAAUUGUUUUCAUAUGAAAAAAUUAUUUACAUCUGAGCAUCAUCUAAAUUCUUAGGCCUCUUAAUUCUCAUUAAGCCAUGAAUUGUUAAAAAUUUACUUACAUUUUAACAACGUAAUAUUAGCCGAAGUAUUCAUAUUAAUGAUUUGAAAUUGACAAUUUACUACUAUUAUAUUAUUACUAAAAAUGAUCUAUCUUUAGUACAGUGUUUACUCUAUAAAAACUCAUUCUUCUAUAAUUUAACUUUAAAAAUUUGCCUUUUUAUGCAUAGUUUUCUUAUUAAUAACUUCAAUAAAUAUUUUACCAGAAACCUUGCUGAAAAAACCAGAAAAAACAUUCCUUUAAUCAGGUGGAUGGAGAUGGGUUAUGAUAUUAUUUUGUGCAUUUGGAGUCAGCCUAACUUUGGUACCAGAGAUCCGCAUAAACCCCUUGGAUGGUUUAGAGCCUGAGUAUGACAAAGCGGUGUUACAUUUUGUGUUGGAACUGGGUUGCUAAUAAAGGCUCAUAAAAAUGACAAUAUAAUUUUUAUAAGCCUAAAUUAGUAGUUGAGCCUUCUAGAAUCAAGUUGAUUUUAAUAUCAAUAUGAUUGAAUUACAGAUUAGCAAAACAGGUUCUAUGUAUUAAGUAUAUUUUGAUAAUAAUGUUGUUUACAAUAACAUCAUAAAUGUUUCUUUUCUCUGUAUAUUGUUUUUCAGUGUAAUACAACACAAUAAAUUAUGAGCAUAACUAUGCUGGAAAUAAUUUUAGUGCUAACAAAAAUCUUUCAGCUUAAAUAUGAAACCUUUUCUCUACAUGGGUAACCUAUUCCAGUCAGUGUAAUAUAAUGAAUUAUUCACAUUCUGCAUUGAUUGGUUAACUUACCAGAGCUACAUAAACAUGCUGAUAAUUAUGUAUAUUGGUGGAAAUAAAACUGGAUCUAGUUUAUAAUCAAAUUCAAAUUGGUUUUGAAGGUGCUAAUGUUUUUAUAUUUAUUUUUGUACUUUUAUUUGAAUUUUUGUUUGUUUAUGUGCUUGUACACAAAUUUAAAGAAUAUAAUCUCUUUAGGAGUAGAAUCAUGAAAUGGUGUUUAUUUCUACCAUAACUGGUGCUAAGAUGGUAGUUGUAGCAAUUUAGGUCGAGUAUGUACAAGGUGUAUAGCAAUUACUAUACUAAUCUGUAUAAGUAAAGAUGAUUUACUGGAAUUCCUUAAUAUAUUUUUCCCUUUUUGAAGGCCUUUCAGGACAUGUUGAGGUUGAUUUAAAUUUUUAUUUUUAAGAUACAAUCAUCAAAAGUCAUGCACGAAAUUCGCAUUGUUUUGUGGAGUAAAAAGCAUUUUUUAAAUUCACAAUUUAAUAGGAAACUAAUCAUAAUUUGAGUUGUUUUAAUACAAUAGAAGUAAAAUAGACACAUAAAAAGUACAUAUUUGGAGGUUUUCAGUUGUACUGCAAUUGUUUUCAACCAGUAGAGAGCAUGCCAGUUGCCUGUUCCGAAAUAUGUGUACUUUUAUGUAUUGCUUUCAAAUCAGUGGACUUUAGAAUGAAGUUUUCAAGGUAACCCUGCUGAUUUCCUUAUCCAUUAAUAAUAAUCUUGGCUGUUAACCCUAUUAAUUCAAACCUCACUUAUAGCAUUUUAAGUGUAUUCUCAUUUAAGGCUUCAUACUCUAAGACAUUAAUGGAUGGACAGUUAACACUGUUUAAUUAGAAGUAAAUCAUAUGUACAUUCCUUACAUAUGACUGCUUAACAACAGUAAAAAUGGGUUUUCUAAGUAAUGUUGUACAUGAUCCUGACAAAUGUAAUAUGUCCUGAAAGUAAGAUCAGUUGUAUUUUUUAUAGUGUUUUGUGAUCACUGUUAACGCACAUGCAGCUCCAGUGACUUAUUAUCUAGGAGUUGAUGCCAUUUGAGUGUGCUUUUUGUUCAGGCCAUUGUGGAAAACAUUAUGGUGCUUGUUUGUAGAAGCUAACUUUAUUGAAAUCCUGUCACACAUGGGAUUAAAACAGUAAUUAAUUUUGCCAAUGUGAGGAUGUUGUACCAGUAGAAAUUCAUGAACAGAUCUGUGAGGUGUAUGGAGGAAAUUCAAUGAAGGAUUUAAUGGCAAGUUUGGUUGAUGAAAAAUUCAAGAUAAAUGUAAGUUAACAGUUUCAGCCCUUUCUUUAAAAUUCCUAUUAAUUUCAAGAUCAUUUUGUUAUGAAAUUGUUAAUGAAAAAUUAGAAUUUCCAAAAAUUUCUUGUAGAGGAACACAAAAAUGGUUGUGUAAUUGAGUUUUACAUGUCUGAAUAAUGACUGUGACAAUUUUCCUAGCAGUUUUGUGUAAUUGAGAGUGAGAUUUGGUUUGUAUGUGAGAACCUUGUUGAAUCAUAACGUACUAUGGAAUGGAGGUACACUCAUAUUCACUGGAAAGUAAAAAGGCAAGCUAAAAAGAUAAGUUAAAAACUCCUUUGCAUAGUGUUUUGAGAAUAGAUGUAAUGUUCUAAGAGUAGACUUACCACUGCGGAGUGAAACAGUUAAUACAAAUGCUUACAGUGAGACGCUUAGAAAAUUGUGUUGUGUAAUACAGAUUGUCAUGGAACAAGGUUGUUUUGAAAUAAAUACUCUUUCUGAAU